AUAUGAUAAGGUGACAUGUGGAGUGUGUUCCUAUGAAUAACCCUCUUCCUCCUUCAUAAUCGUUAUUUCUAUGAUUUGGUAAUAAUAACUUAGUAUCCAUAAACAUAUUCAAUUUUUGGGAGAGGAGAAAGUCUUAAUUUGAUUACAAAUCAUCACCAACAACGGAAGAGUUUUUAGAUCAAUAUUUUUGGGUUAAUAUGAAUCAACAAGCCAAGAACGAGUCUAUGAAUGUACAUAGUUCCAUUGAAAGAAAGGUGGAAACUGUCGAUCAUCGAUCUUCGGCAGGGCAAGGACAAGAACAGAAGAAUGUGCAGGUUAUUCAUCAACCCAAUUCCAAAACCAGUGGUGGUGUUCUUACCGGUGCUGCUGCUGCCGUGGUGUCCACUCUAGAAUCUGCCAAGGAUGCAAUUUCUAAAAAAUAAUGUAAAUUAGGAUUGUCAAUUUGUUCUGUAAAGGACAUAGGUUUGAUGGUGUGUUAGUUCAUUCUUGUACAACUAGUUGUCCUUUGACAUAGACAUGAACAUAGUGUCAAUGAUGUAUUUUUGUAUCAAUUGAUUCAAUCAUAAAUUAAUAAUUAAAUUCAACAGCAAUGGUUUG